CGCGUUAAUUCUAUGUACAGACGUAACUGAAUAAGAAUUGGGCUUAAAUUACCAUUUCAGAAUUAAGUUGAUGAAAUAUAAAAUAACGUGUACACAUUAAUAACGAAUAAACGACAUGUAUAGACAUGCAAUGCAUGACAAUGUCGCCCACAUAAAAUAUAAUAUUGACAGAGUUGCUCGGUUGCGUGUUAUCAUAAAAGAGGAACACCCAUCCCACUUUGGGACAGUUGCAACUGGGUGUUCUAUACUGAGUACCCAAGACAUACAGCUUGCAUCAUGAAGUUGUGUAUUCCUGCACUAGCUGGGCUGUUGCUUAUAGUCAGCUUGACUGAUGCUGAUGUGUAUCUCCACAAUCUCAGAGGUUCUAACAAUCGUUUGAAUGAAGCCAGUACUGCUCGAACAAAUGCCAACAGAAUGUUCGACUCUCAGGUUAGUUUCAAAUCUUAAUCCCGGAUCAAACUAUAGGAUGAGAGUGCAUAAGAGUGGGCAGUCACGCGACCUUGGUUUGCUGUUCUUAAUGCUUUUCCAACACCAUCAUGUAUUCUAUUUAAAGUUAAAUGAUAGUUGGAACGCUCAUCAAACCUUUAUUAUUUUGUUAAUCUGCAUGGAACUUGAAAUGCGCCUCGAAAUAAUGCGUAAUUGGCAACUCUUAUCAACUUUCGUCCGCGUUGAGCUUAGGCCCGGUUUGCGGGUUUGGACGACGAAGUUGCAUGCGUCGAAUAAUUGACCAAAUUCGUACGGCGUACAGUGGAGCGGCGUCUAAAUCAAUUAUAAAUUCGGCAAGCCCGAACGGUCUGUGGCAGCGUAUAGGUAGUGGCAAAAACACCAGAGAACUGAAGAUGCAUGGGUAAGGAUUCAAGUACCUGAAAAAUACAAGGUAUUAAAUUUCGACGUUUCGAGCGAAGGCCCCCUGUACUGACGUAUAUACGGCACAAUUAAUAAGUACGAUGUCUAAAUCAGUUAAACCGGUCUUGUGCAGUAACUAGCGCCGUCUAAACUUGGUUGUAUUUCCAGACUUCCUAAUCAUAAAAGAUAAGAUUAACAUGCAGCAUUUUGUUUUAUGGGUGGUUUAAUGCGUUUUGUCGAAGUAAUUGGUAAUGGAAAAGAUUUAGAAAAUAGUGUUCUUGGUCGCUCCAAAUGUAAACUAGGCUACUGCAUGAUCUGAAUGUUUUAUACCGUUUACUUUUUGUACUAAAAUUCAUUUGGUUCUCGUUAUUGUUCGUGUAGUUUUGUAUAUAUGUAAUUUGUACAGUAAUGAAUAACUGACACCCUUUAUCGAAAUCAAUCGCUUGAUGAAGUUAGAAGGGACGUAGCGAAGACUUUGUGGAGCGGGGUGGGGGAAACGUGUAAUUUCUUAAUAUUAUGUUUUACGUUACCCAAAACCAGUGUUCGAAAUUUAGCAAGUUCAGCGUCAUGAAAUAAAGUUUUAUCUACCUAUCUGUUUAUAUUCUUGUCUAGAACAACAACAAUGGAGGUUACAACGUUGGAGACAAAAAUCAAGCAUCAAGCACCGAGGACACACAGUUUAACAUGGUACGUCAGAAAGUCAGGAACUUUUGGCUAUUGUUUUAAUAAGAGCGCGCUGUUGUAUUUUCAGCAGGCACGAAAUGUUCGUUCAUGUUUUUUUUCAUGAGCUUUUCUGCAACAUCAGUCAUUUCAAAGCAUGAUUUGAAUGCACAACUCUGCAAUAGCUGCAUAUCUUAGAUAUUUUGUGAAAAUUUAUUAUGGCUGGGAAUAAGAAAUAAGUAUUAUUCAAUGCCAUCGGAAGUAAAUUGUUUUUGGGGGUGAGGGGAGGGAGAGGGAGGGAUGGCGCAUCUAAUGGAGGUCGAUUCUGGUGACAUGAAGAAUCAAAUUAUUAGGUACUUCCCAAAAUCGCUUCUGUACGUGCACACGAAACAAUAGUUUCCAAUUGAGGUGGACAGUGUAAUUGUAGUAAGAAGUUCUAUAAUUACCAGCCAGCCAGAAGUUAUGCUAUUUUUUCUUUCAGCAUUAUUUCCAGAGUGGCAAACACCAUUCAAGUAAUUCUUCAGGUCCGACAGGAAAAUCUCUGCUCACACUUGAAUGGACCAAUCAACAUGGCUGCGGUGAUCGAGAUUUAAAUUGUAACAUUAUUCUUCAAUACCGAUGUCAAGAUGAUACGAAACAUCAAACGUUGAAUUAUCACUCAAUAAGGAAUGGUAAAUAGAUACAUGCAACACCAACCUCAAUGUACAUAGGGGGGGGGGGUGACAACGCAUAUAUAUAGGGGUUGCAACUUACAACAUGAUAAGCAUUGGAAAUUCCCGUAUUUGUUUUUGAAGUUAGAAGUUCUCCAAUUACUGUUUUUUUUAAAUGAAGAAAGGUUUUAACUUGACAUUAAAGAUACUGGAUAUAGUGAUGUUAUUGAAUUCUAAAGCUACACGAAUUAUAUAGGAUCAAAGUACCAAUCGGGGCAGAUAUUACUAAAAUCAUUGUUGUUUAGAAUCAUAGCAUGCACUAUACAGCCGCGAAAAACUUCCAAGUUAUGAUUAUGCAAUCUGCAAAAAUAUAUGAGAGUUCAUUUUUUAUCAGGAGGAGGAGGUGGCUGGUGGUGUUUGCAGGGGGACCACCAGAAAAAAUAGCGAUGUGAGAACGGGGUCAUCUCAGGAAAAUUAAAUUUUGAGAGUGCCACCAAAACAUCAAUGAAUACAUAAUACAUAAAAAUCAAAGCAGUCAACUUUCAUACUCUUUCAUUUAUAAAAACUCAAAGUAAAGUUUUAGUACAUGAAUCUAGUCAGCAGUAGUCAAUUUAAAUUUAAAGCACACCUGGAAAAAAUUAGGAACUUUACAUAUUUGUGAUAUUCAGUGCAUUCUAAAACGCAAUUUAUUUUCUUAGAAAAAAGUUUCAUCUUCAUGGCUGUUUCUUAAAAGCUACUGGACCUGACAUUGCGUAUUAAGGCUGGCAAAUCAGUUUUAUUUUGUUUCUUUUGGCAAAUGUGCACAAAAUUGUCACUUCCGGUAACUUUAUUAAACAGCCAAAAAGACAAUGAAGAUGAAGUUUUGUCCUAAUAUAAAAUGAAAUAUUCAAAUAUAUUGCUUUACGAUUGCUUAUCUUGUGAUGCUUGGAUAGGGCCUACCAUGACCAAAUGUCCAAGACCAUACCAAGGUCAUGCAUGUAGGGGCAUCAUGGGGAAAAACUUGGAGUACAAAGAUUGCCACAGGAAACUUUGCUGCAUAUGUUGGGGGGUCGAGACGAAAUUAUUAAUGAAAGCACCAAAUACCACCAGCCCCCUCCUCCUGAUAAAACAUGAACGGUCCCUCAGAACCCAUCUAAAUCGAAAUGGAAUUUUACUAAGGCGGUUUCAGCCGUCUUCCCUCCCAUUCCCACACUCCACCCGUGUGUGUAUUGUGAUGGCAAAAUGAAAGGAUUCUUUAAAUUGAUGAAAACUACAUUGCAUGCUUAUUAUAAAAAUAUAUUAAUGUGAGAAUGUAUCAUAAUUUAUUAUUUCCCUUAUUACGUUUUCGUAGCGCUUUGCAUUGUGGUUAUAGUGAUAUCACAAGGUCCUCAGGCAGGAAUUGAACCUACUGAUAAAGAUAGCGGCCUCGAAUGAAAAUAUUGAAUGCUUUCGCGAAUAUUUUGCUGUUGGCUGUCGCGCAACUGACCCUAGUUUUUUUCAAAAGUUCUUGCACGGGUCAAGACAAAAAAUAAACCAUCUUGAAUAUCAGUGAUACCACUAUAACCGCAAUGCAAAGCGCUACGAGAACGUAAUAAGGGGAAUCUAGUAUUUUGCUUAUAACUCGACAGCUAGAGUCUGUAGCUGAGUUGCUUAGAUGUACAAAUGAAGUAAAUCAGUUCCAUCUACAUAACCCUUCAACUGUAGUUCAAUCGAGCAAGAUGCCAAAAAUUCUGACAUUUGUAGUAAAAAUAAUGAUGACUGUUUACUAUAUUAAUAUUGCGCUGUUUAGCACGAAUAAACUACCGACAAUAAAUAUAAUAAGUAGCUAGUUAAAAGUUAAUUACUAAUAAGUAUUGAUACGUACUCGUUUUGAUAGGACGUUAUACGCACACUCCGCAAUAUCACAAGAAUACCUACACUCGUCGCUCAAGCAAGAACUCACGAUUGCAUCAUGACUCAUCUAGUUAUACCAGAGGACUUCACGAAUCUUGGGAAUGGUAUGAUAAAUGCAACAAAAGAAAUCGUAAUAAAGGUCAGUUAUAACCUAUAAUUUAUAUAGCAGCGCAAAAUGAAUGAAUAUCAUCCAGUUAUAAAACUAAAAGCUUUUUAGUUUUAAAUUAACCCAUUCAGCUGCAACGUGUGUAUAAUGUGCCCUAUAUAUCUUAAUUAUUUUACUCUGUCUAACGCCAGACGAUUUUACUUGUCAAGAGGAGAGUUUUGCAUCUUAUAAUCGGUUAAACUAUCUGCCAAUGGGUCUUGUUAACUCCAAUGAGCUCCAAUGAGCUGCAAUGCGCCCAGCUUAAUUAUUUCUCUCUUUCUAACGUCAAACACAGUAACUCGAUCCGUAGGCUGAUGUUUUUCACAAUUGGAGUAUACAUACAGCAUAUGCACAAGAAAAAAAACAAUACCUCACAAUUUUAUUGAGAAUUUUCCUUUCCUUUGAAGGACUAUUCACGGCCGAUCAGAAACUGAAUGGUCAGUCAAGUAUUUACACCCGUCAAAAUCAAAAUGGCGCUCGCAGAGGCUACGAAUGUCCCGAGGAACGAGAUUACUACCCUUACUGGCAUCCCACUGACUGGAUUGACAUUGCUGUGUUCGCUCAUAAUAAAACCAUGUGCGAAUAUUAUCAGAGUGAAAGUUUUAACGUGAAAACUAAAGGUAAGUCCUAGAACAAUAGAAUUACUAUCCUUACUCUUGAAUGUUGGGUACCAGUGCAAAAUACAACCUCUGAACUUGUGUUUAUGAUGCAACUAUCUGAAAAAUAUAAUCAACUGACGUCGACGUUUCACUGAAGCGAAGGUCUUUCGUCUGGAAGUUUCGGUAAAACCCACAUAAAACAAUCACUGGGUUAAGAUGACCAGCCUGAAAUUUAGGCAAUUACAGCCCAAAAUACAAAAAACACUUCAUGGCUGACAAAUUGGUUCUUAAAACUUUUACAAUGCAUGUUCUAAGAGCAGGUAUAUUAGCGGGUAUAUAUGCAUGAUUUAAUCUGUUGCAAUUUGAAGAUAAAUAUUAAAGCCCAGCUACAGUAUGACUUUCAAAUAAGGCAUAACAAUGCAAUGAAGAAUAAUCUGUUUUUUAGCAUUGAACGAGGUUAAAUUUUACGAAAUUCGGAGACUUUUGUAAAGCUAUUAGAAGCUAUUAGUUGUAUAUAUACUAUUAAACAGCUCACUAAUUAGGGAAACAAGUUAUUUGAAGCACUACAAAUUCAGCAAUAACUGUUUCACUGCUUGGGAAUAAGAACCAGCCUACUCAGCCUAAUUUCUCAUUAAGUAUACCUAUUAUAUAAGAACCACUUCAGCUUAACAUAAAAAUAAUGGUUCUUUUAUGCGGGUUUUAACUGGUAUAGUAGCAAAGACAGGUAGUUGCAUCAUGCACACAACUUCGCAGUUCCUAUCCUUGCACUGGAUAUUGCCUCAUAUGCAGCCGCUAUCUGCCAACCAAUGAAUUUUUUAGACAAACUAUGAAGUGUAUUUUUGAUAAAACUAUAUGUUAUGUUUCUUUGUUCUCAGGGGAAUGUCUUCAAUACUACCAUCCGAGUUCAGACGGUUUCCGCCAUGACUCAGUUCACAACAACAAAAUUGACUGCGAAAAAGACCAAGGCUUCUGGGUAUCAUUCAGCAACUAUUUAGAAGAAUACCCCAAGUAUCAAACUGAAGAAGAAUGUAAAGCGGGAAGUUCUAGUAUACUUCGUCUUAUCUGGGCCAUUCCUUACCGCUCUGAAGAUAUUGAUAAUUUAAAAAUGACUGAUAGUCAAGUGAGAUCAUUGAAACGAUGCUUGGUUGCACUUGAUCCACCAGAAUGCAAGAAAGCACCAUAUACGAGGUCAAAUCAUUUAGGAAAUGCUCACGAUGUGGUUCCUCUCAACUACACUUGGGUUCUGCCACAUUUCCCAUCUGGACACGCCCAGAGAUGCGUCUUACGAAUAAGGUAAGUGAGAUUGCCACUAUAACUGAUUUAGACUCACAUUGCCAGAAAUGAGGGACAUUUGAACUGCGCAUCCUCGGAAUUUAGUUAACAAAGAUGGCGGACAUACUAUAGUAAAAUGUAUGGGUAGUGUAAUAUAAUUCAAAUUUGAAUGAGUUCAGUAACAGCUAUAUCAAUUGCCGCCCUUCGUUGGGAACGAAAAACACUUCGGUAGUCAAACAAAUUACGUUUCAUGCCGUAGUCCUACCGUAAGGUUCCCACACUAAUGCGAUUCCACUGUGAUCUGGCUAUAGUGCUAUGUAUAUUAUUGCCCCAUUUCCACGUGAACGAGCACAUUUAGCGUCCAUUUGUGGUCGGCCGUAUUUUCUGGUGCAACUUGCUGCUUUCUCUUCAAACACAACACAUUAUCAAAUAUUACUUCUGUAAUUUUCAUAGUGAUCCAUCCCCGUUAGCCGGUUCCGUUGAAAAUCACGAAAAUUAAACUAUAAAACUAAAAACUUAAAAUUAAACCAUAAAAGUUGAAAAUCAACGUUGAAAAUCACGAAAAUAACUUAUAGACACGACGCAAUAUACGCGAGGUUUAUAUCGAUGUCUAUUAAAAAACGCUUCCAAGCCAUGUUUUAUUUUGAAUAUAUUGCGCCAUAUUUGGUAUCAACUAGCCUACUCGCAGCCCGAAUUUGUUGCGAUUUAAUUUUAUGUUACAUAGUAACCAAGGUUAAUAUCAUAGGAGCCGCGCGCAGUCUGGGUACGACAUGUGCCCUCAGGAUAUCGGAUGUAGAGAGUGCCGUAUGGUGACGACAGAUAUUAAAUGGAUUUAAUUUCGGGCUGCGAGCAGGCUAGUAUCAACAAGAAGCUCAAGAACCAGGCUUUGAUAGGACAGAAGGGGGGGAAAUCUAUGUAUCCAGAGGGGAGAAUGUGCUGUAUUUGACCACAUAUAUACGGCAAAGUAUCCCGAGCUCCCUACUUACUAAGCGCAUUAGAUCAUAUUACAAUUAUGCUAUUUUGCGCAAUAUAAAUACUAAGAAACAUUAGAGUUUUAUCACAUCUUAGUUGUAAUUUACGCACGAAUGAGAGCCAUAGCCUGAAUAAAUGUCUCAGUGAAUAUGCGAACUAUAUAACUGCGUGUGAAAAAACAAUAUCAUUUGAAUAAUUUGAGCAAGAUUUCUGUCUGACUUCGCUUUGCUUAAUUAAAUUAGAGCCAAUUAGUUAAAUCAAGCACCCGUCAAGUAGCCGCUGUACAAGGCAGGCGCAUGUCCCGCAUUUCUGGCCAUUGAAAGACAACGCAAUCUCAUUUUUAGCUGAAGAAAUGAGCACUAAGUAAUUUGAAUACUGUAAUAAAUGCUAAAACAACCACGAAAAUAACCUUACAAAAAGCCAAAGCUGCAAAAUUAUAAUACUGACCAAAAAGGAAUUAAUUACAAUUAUAAAAUUAAUAUACUUGCUGCAAAAUACAGUAAUUUAUCCUCAAUUACAAUAGUGACCUCUUAAUUACAAUUACAAAAUCACCCUCUAACUGACCAUGCUAAAACAAAUUAGCAUAUAUUCGAGAGGUGAUUAGGUUGCUCAGCGCCGGAUAUCCUUGCACUAUUCACCGGCACUUCGGUGAAUAACUGCUGUUUAGUAAUUAUUUGUAGGCCAGCAGACGGGGAUAUAGGACGAAGUAAUGCGUAAUAAUGGUAGCCUAAUAUGUUUUUGUACAGGUACAACAUUUCUACUGGAGAUUAUCCACCAUUUAACACAUUCAGUGAUGAAAAUAAUGACCCGUAAGUAUUUCUAUGCUUUAAAACUUCUGAGUUUCAAAAUAGAAACCACUUCGCAAAUAAAACCAUUGUCUACUGUGACAAUGGUGAUCAUUAAUUAGAUCAUUAGCCAAAUCAGUUUCAGGCCAGAAUAUCAGAUUACAACCUGUCAAAUUGACAAACAUGAAAGUUUCGCUCAAGAACAGACGACGGUAAUACUGGUUUACAGAUGCGAUUUUCUUCUUCUGAUGGAUGUGAACGAGUGGAUGAGUACGUUAUGAAUGCUCAGAUGGGGGUACAUAUACACCAGUAACUGGAACGCCACCCGUUCAGAUAAACUAGCUAUAUCAUUUUCUUGAAGUCAAGUGUUUAUGCCUCGCGAUUCUCUCGCGUAAACAAUUAUUAGAACAAAAAUAAGAAGAAAAAAAACUAAAAGUAAAGUCUACUAUGAAGUUUACCUGAAAAUAUGGAUUAAUAUAGCAAGCUUUGAGCUCUGUUAAAAAGCUUUUUUGUAAAUUUUAAGCUGGUUUUCAAGAAGUCAUAUUCAUAGUGUUGACGGAUUGACCGCGCUCUUCGCAUGCGUGAAAAGAAUGGGACUGGCCAUGAAGUCUGGCUUCAAAUAACCUGUUGGACGUAGCAUUCCAGUUAUAUUAAUUAAUUUCACUGAUAUACUGAGAACAUUCAUAACUCGUCUACUCGCUCACAUUCAUCAGAAUGAUAAAAUCGCGCUAGGAAGCCCAGCAUUCUUCCGACGGAAACCAUUGUUUAUUGUCUAGGAACAACGGCGUAUUUUCUCCAGUCCAAAAUAAUCCUAAAGUAAAAGUUGGUUAUGUUCAGCUACCUUUACAACUUGCCAUAAACACAGCUCAAUUUGGACGUACCUUCCAAGAUCGCUCUCAUUUAUUCAAGCUGGUACCCAGGCCUAAAUCCGUGUCCGAUCACGCCAUCAUUCAUAAUCUGAACGUCCGAGGAAAGCGCGGGAAUAUAGUGCAAGUUUAUCCAGCAGUGGAGUACGACUUUAUCCCGAAACGAUUAAACAUUAAAAGCACGAGUCUUGUGCAUAUCCAGUGGACCGGUGAGUGAUUGGGGUUAUUGCCUCCGCUAGGAGGUUUUGAUUUCACCUGGGUUUUGGAUGUGUGUGUGCUUAUGUUGGUCUUUUGGUUUCUCUGUUAGCCCAAUUAACUAAAACAAAUAUCAACUUGAACAGUAUUGAUACGAAAAGUUGCAGGGCUGAUGGUAAUAUGCCAAGGACAAAUAGAUUAAACUUUGGUUCAAUUUGGACGAAAAAUAAAGUAGAUAUUUGCAAGAGUUUGUCUUGCUCUGCAGCCCAUUGUAUAAUUUAUGGAUGACACUUGACUCAAUUCGCUGCCGAAGGUAUGCAGACGUUAAAUUUCCUCCAGUUGUUCAAAAAUAUUGAGACGUUUACGUUUAUGGCUGUCAGCGACUUCCAUAGCACGUGGUGUGCACUACUUGAUAUCUUUAAUUCCUUCAGCAAAGGCCCUACGUCAGCACGUCAGUAGCCAAAUUGCAGGCCUUCUUUUAACAUAUAAAUUGGGGUUUUGUGUGCAUGUGGGUGUGAGGGGGCGGGUUAAGUCAUCCCAACUCAACUCCUCAUGUUGGCUCGUCGAGUAAACUGUGUUGCUCCAAAUAUAUUCCCACGCCCAUUUAAUUAAUUGCUGCAGGGAAUGUGAGGACGAUUAUGCCACAUUCCAUCUAUGGAAUUAACAUUUCCAUCAAUAGCGACGCUAAAUAUCUUGAUUCAUAGCAAGACCAACUUUGAACUUGUUUUAUAGGCGCCAAUAUGGAAUUGUCUCUUAUUUGCAACCAAAAAUGCAAUUUGAUGUACAAUUGGCUUAGAACUAACCAUACUAACCAUCUCUUUUUUCCAAGGAUCAAAUACCAAUCCCAAAGGAAACGAUGGACAAGGAACUGCAGGUAAGUUUAAAUUAAUGUAUAAACAUUAAGUGCUUCAUAGUAUAAUUUUGCAUAGUGUGCGAAUCCCCUGAAACAUAGGAUAAAUUUAAUGCUGAAUUGAAUGAGAAUCGAAUGUUGGAAAUAUGUGGGCUGCAGAGAUUCAAAAUUCCGGUGCCAUUUCGUUAUUUUUAGGGGAUAUAUUUUUGGAGACUUUUAAGGCUUUAAGAGAUUCUUAGGAAUUUCAUAUUAUGGAUUUCCAGGGAUUUAUUAGGGUUUUUAAGGUGCCCGUGAGAUUAAUUUAUUUCUCAAGUCAUACGCCCCUCGAACGGUUCAACAUAGGAAACAUUGUUCAGGAAAGAUCUGAUAAUUCCGAUGUUUCCGUGAAGUCUUUCCAGUUUAGCUUACCCACGUCUGUAAAACAUUUAUGGAAUCACUUUUUGAAGAAAUAUCUGGUUGUAUUCGCAGCGAGGCCAGUAUAAACAGAAUUGGGGGAACAUGAUCAUCGAGGAAUUAUUCAAUGGCAUACAGUACUCCCAUGUAUCCAAACAAUUCUGUUUUAUAUGGUCCUUAUUUUUAGAAUGCUAUUUCCUGCACUAGAAAGUUGCAUAGCAUUGGAAGGCAAACGCUUUUAGGACAUACUUGUUUCUUAGUUCAGUAUCUCCGCUUCUCUGACAAUUUUUCAUCGGAUUUGGAAGAAUCAGAGAAGCAUAGCGGAAGAGGCAGUCGUAAAACGUAUUCCUUGAAUUCAACGAUUUAUUAGUUCCUCAAUAAAAAAUUAUUUUCCUGAAAUAACGUGAGAUUUUUAAGUUCGCCUGUGAGAUCUAGAGUUCAGUUUUAAAACCUGGAGACCGUCACGGGUUAAUCAUGAGGCAGUCCUGCCUUUUUCGGGUAACAUGGUUAGGAAAAGAGGAGGGCUUUAAUUGCUCGUUUACGCUAGACGUAAAUACUCUAAUGGGCUUAUGUCUGUCCCAUUUGGGCACGCGAAGCAUAUUUUGCGCUACUGACUACACGGGCCGGUUUCCAGUCGAUAUAUUUCAACGUUGGUUAUACAUGCCAUUAGAACAUGUGAGGUGUUAGUUAUUAACUUAUUACAAAACUAUAGGUAAACAUACCUGAGAUAGGUAUUGCUAUUUUAUUCUUCCUCAAUGAUUUUAUUGACCAAGACCUCAAUGAUUUUAUUGACCAAAACCCAUUUAAUUUUUCGAUUAAGAGGAGUGUGAGGAGUCAAAUUCGGCAACAAGAACAAUUUUUGCCUUUUGGUCAUUGUCCUCUGCCUAAUUUGCCGUCGUCCUUUUCUUCGCCUUCUCAAUCACUUUUCAUAGCUUCUGUCCGUUCCACUCGACGCCAUCUCGACGCCCAAAUUCAGACAACUGUGACUGUUUUGUCCAGGCUUUUAUCGCUUGUAUUCAUAACAAAAGCGGAACUUUAAUUUAUAAAUACCAGAGAGUAUUUUAUUAUUGACCCCAGGGUCUUUGUUAAGUGCAUGGGAUGGACGAGAGGCGAGUUUUGAAGAUGGCGGCUAAAAUGUUUCAAGAUCGCUAAAACGCGAAAGAAUUAACAACCAUGCACUUAUAAGUUUAGCACAAUCCCAAACCUAGCCUACUCUCUAAAUCUUAACCAUAAACCUAACUCCAAUUCUAACCCUAAAUAAAAAUAUAGAAGCAAACUUAGUUUGAUUUUAAAUUUUGUACCUUUUCGGAAAACCUCCCUCAUGUUCAUUUUAGGCAUUUCCUUGGGCCCAGUCCCUGCAUGCGGUGCUGCAUUAGCGAUUGCAUGGCCUGGCACGAUCAGAAAUUGCGGCCAGAAAUUGCAUGCGUAGAUUGCACAUGCUGACGUGUGUUGAAUAUUAAUACACCCGUUCGAUAAUUACGUCAUUUGGCCUGGGAACCUCGCUCUCAUGAAUCGUGAGCUAAUCACCUGGCGUAAUUUACUAACGAGAGCAAGGCUCCAAGACCAAAAAGUAUGUGUGACAUAAUUAUCGAAAGGGUGUAUUGAAUGUUAAUGAAACGAAGUAAUAUAUUAUUGUGGUUGAAUAUAUAUGAUUUCUAAUGUAGGUACUGAUCGGAACAACAUGGUGGAAAUGAACGAUCCUUCUGUGAACUAUCCUGUUACCUCUGAACAACCAUUAACUAUGUUUCCUCAUGCUGAAAUCGUCUGGUCCAGUGAUAAAGAGACGAAGACCAAAGAGGAUCUUAUUCUAAGCAUGGCGUCCUCGGGCUACUACAACAGUAUGACGCUUUGCAAGGCUUCACCAAAGAAACAAGAAUUUAAUGAUUUAUUAAACAACGCUCCCGCAUCGUAUCGUGGUAUGUUACUGAGGUUUUCGCCGGGUACAUAUUACUACAUGUGUACAAGGAAUAACAACUUCAGUAAUCGUAAUCAAAAAGGAAGGCUUGUGGUCCGAGGUGAACGACGAGCCAUCUUUGGUCUCAGGAACUAAAAAGAUCGUGCGUGUUGUGCUAUAGAGAAAAAUGUUGCUUGUCUCUAAUCCAAAUUCCAAAACAAACUAAAACGCCCUUCUCCUUUUAAAUUUCUUUUGUAAAUUAACGUAAAUUUUUUGACCAUUCAUUGACCUGACUUCGCUCAUUCAUGUCUCAAAGUCUGUUUCUGGACAUUUCUGGGUCAUCUAUACCUGAUCGUUACGUUUACAGAACUUGGGUAUUGCUCUUAAUAUAACCCUCCAGGAAGGUGUUCAGCCUUAACCAUACAACCUCGUUGUCGUGAUUGAAAUAUUCAUGGGUUUAGAGCCCUUUAUCUUGUUACAUGUCAAUACCGUAACAGUUAUGUUAAAUAUUAUAAAUGAUUCAACUAUCACUGACAAGAUAUAUAAACGGCUCUAUUCAAAGCAGAAUAUCUCAACACCAAAAACGAGUCUCAAUGACCAAGACUGGAUACCUUUCCAAAGGGUGAAUUACAUAAACUGGUGUUUGAUGAAACUGUGUGCAAGAAGAUUUGGUAUUGUACUUCUAAGUUGCGUCCGAUAAAGCGGCUAUUUGGUCGUUCAGGUACAGGCAUAAUUUGGUGGAGAAAUUUAGUCAUGCAUGCCAUGGAAAUAAUGAAGAGAUACGCUAUUUUUUUUCUUUAUCAGCACUCCAAAAGGCAGCCUUUACACUUGAAAUAGCUGCUGCAUUUUUAAAAUUUGGACUUAGUUUGAUUCAAUUUCUAUAAUUAUGGGUUUAUUGAAUAUUGUAAUUUACUGUUAUCUUAAGAAAAUAGUACGAAAGACAUUACUGUCUAUACGCAUGCACAUGAUAAACGUGUAAAAUUAAAAGUGGGGAAAGUAGAUUAAAUUAAAAAUAUCAAGUGAAGCACGAA